AUUGUAAGCCGCAGAAGGAUUUAGCCUCGUGGAAAAAACGUUUUUUUGCUUUGAAAUAUCGUUAUUUUGAAGGCCAGGAACCGGUCUUUGACUGUUGACUUAUUUCCCCGUUGAGACGCGGCAUUGACAGCCACUGACUGCCACACAUGCAUGAAAGUGUCCGCUGCUGCUGGUGGAUGACUUCGCUUUGUUCCUCGGCUUGUUGACCAGCCCCGGGUCUCUCUUCACAGCAGAGUUCAGAAUUGCACUACAAUGUCUGCGGUGGCUUCUCUGCUGUGAGCACUCAAAGGUUAUGCUGCCCAAAAGCUGUCUGAGUCCCAGUGAGAAAGAGAAGGGCUAAAGCCGCACCGAUCCAGACCAGCUUUCCACAGCCUCUCCAGCAGCGAUUCCACUGCUGAGCCAUGAGCAACCCCGGCGCUCCCAACCAGAUUACAGAUGCCGUGGCAUCGGUUAUUCACAGUCCAGAGGCUCCUGCUGCCUCAGCACUACACGGGACUCCGCGCCCUGAAGAGGAGGAUGAUGGGGACCUGAACAAAGCCUUGGGGGUCCAGCGCUUUCAGCAGAUCCUCAGCCCCGCUGCUGUCGUACCUGAUGAUCAGCACCACAACUACCACGAGGAGGACAUCGAAUACCACCGUCACUCCUCUCACCACAUCCACCGACCUCUGUCCAAACUGCCCUCUGAGGGACGCAGGAAGAAGAGCAACAAGAAAAGGAGGAAGGACAAAGAUCACAAAAGCAGCCAUGCACCCAGCAGUGGCCCCAUAGAGGAGGGGGAGGAUGAAGAGGAGGAGGAGGAGGAGGUGACGGAGACUUCUGCUCCAUCGGAACCGUCUGAUGAGAGGGUCAAAGAUGUGGAGUUCUUUCUUUCCGAUGAAGACCAUGUGGCCAAAGAGAGCCCUCGCUCGGCCCGUGAGCUGGACAUCGUGCCACAGUCUGCGGCGGGAGCAGAUACUGAAGAUGCAACUUCCUCAGAUAAGCCAGCCUCAACCGACUCUUCCAGCCCCUCUCCCCAGUCAGCGCCAGCCGAACACAUACCACUUGCCCGGGUGUCGAGCCGCGGCUACGACCUGCAGGAGCGCAGACGCACAGGCAACAUGACGGGUGCUGAGCAGGCCAAGUACCAGCGCAUCCCGACUGACGAGAGUGAGGCUCAGACGCUGGCCUCCGCUGACCUGGACGGCAUCAAGAGUCAUCGUUUUGAAGAUGUCCCCGGUGUGCGCAGACACCUGGUCAGAAAGAGCGCCAAGGGACAAGUGGUGCACACGGGCAAGGACCACAAAGAGCCGAGCACUCGCAGCCGCAAGCAGGACCGAACCCCGCAUGAGUCGUUACCGGUGAUUCUGUACCGCUCUGCUUCGCGUCUUCAAGGCGUCCUGCUGGACGUGGACUUCGGUGAAAUGGCUCAGUAUCAGAAGGUGUUUGUGGAGCUGAAUGAGCUGACCAUGGACAAGAACCAGGAGAUGCAGUGGAAGGAGACGGCUCGCUGGAUCAAGUUUGAGGAGGACGUGGAGGAAGAGACCGACCGCUGGGGGAAACCUCACGUGGCCUCUCUGUCUUUCCGCAGUUUGCUGGAGCUCCGAAAGACCAUCUCGCAUGGUGCGGUGCUGCUGGACCUGGACCAGAAGACCCUGCCUGGCAUCGCCCACCAGGUGGUGGAGCAGAUGAUUAUUUCUGACCAGAUCAAAGCCGAGGACCGAGCCAAUGUCCUGAGGGCCCUGCUGCUCAAACACAGUCACCCGAGCGAUGAGAAGGAGCACAAUCAUAGCCCCUUCCCCAGGAACAUCUCUGCAGCCAGCCUGGGCAGCCUGAUAACACACCACCACAGUGCCAAUCACACCCAUCAGCCAGAACCGUCGGUGACCGACCCGCUCAUGGGCACCGUGCACCCCGUGGGGGACACAGAAACACGCAUCGACAUGGAGAAGAACGAAGUACAGCAGAAGGAGUCGACCCCUGUGUCCGGUAUGCAUCGGUCCAAAUCCAAACAUGAGCUGAAGCUGCUGGAGAAGAUUCCCGAAAAUGCCGAAGCCACUGUCGUCCUUGUGGGCAGCGUGGACUUCCUGGAGCAGCCCACCAUGGCGUUUGUGCGGCUGCAGGAGGCCGUGGAGCUUGAGUCCGUCCUCGAGGUCCCCGUGCCGGUCAGGUUUCUCUUCGUUCUGCUGGGACCCCCCACCACCAGCAUGGACUACCACCAGAUAGGACGCUCCAUCUCCACACUCAUGUCGGACAAGCAAUUCCACGAGGCAGCCUACCUGGCAGACGACAGGCAGGACCUGCUGAAUGCCAUCAACAGCUUCCUGGACUGCAGCAUCGUGCUGCCGCCGUCAGAGAUGGGAGGCGACGAGCUGCUGCGCUCUGUCGCUCGCUUCCAGAGGGAGAUGCUGCGCAAGAGGGAGGAGCAGGGGGUCAAACUGGCCAAGGAGCCGAAAAGCCUUGAAGAAAAAGAGGCCCUCCUCACUCCUUUGAAAAAGUCAGACGACCCUUUGCAGCGCACCGGACGCCCCUUCGGCGGGCUGAUACGAGAUGUGCGGCGCCGUUACCCAAAGUACCUCAGCGACUUCAAGGACGCCCUGAACGCACAGUGCAUGGCUGCCGUCAUCUUUAUCUACUUCGCUGCCCUCUCUCCAGCCAUAACAUUCGGAGGCCUGCUGGGUGAGAAGACAGACGGUCUGAUUGGUGUUUCUGAGCUGAUCGUGUCGACAGCAGUGCAGGGUGUCAUCUUCUGCCUGCUCGGAGCGCAGCCGCUGCUCGUGGUGGGCUUCUCUGGGCCGCUGCUGGUCUUUGAAGAAGCCUUUUACAGCUUCUGCAAAGCAAAUCAGAUCGAGUACCUGACGGGCCGCGUCUGGAUCGGGUUUUGGCUCAUCAUCAUCGUGCUCGUCACGGUGGCCUUCGAGGGAAGCUUCCUGGUCCGCUUCGUCUCCCGCUUCACGCAGGAGAUCUUCUCCUUCCUCAUCUCCCUCAUCUUCAUCUGCGAGACCUUCAUCAAGCUCGGCAGGAUUUUCAAGGAGCACCCGCUGAAACGUUGCUCCGUGAACAACGGCACAGAAGGGGGCGGCGCGACGGAGAACAUCACCCUCGUUCUGACCAACAGCACCGAGCCGGUGACGGUGACGGUCCAAGGCGAGCCCAACACGGCGCUGCUCUCUCUGGUCCUCAUGGCCGGGACAUUUUUCAUCGCCUUCUACCUGCGCAAGUUCAAGAACAGUGCGUUCUUCCCUGGAAGGCUGCGCAGGGUUAUUGGAGACUUUGGCGUCCCGAUUGCCAUCCUCAUCAUGGUCCUGGUGGAUUACAGUAUUAACGACACAUACACGCAGAAACUGAGCGUUCCUCGAGGUUUCUCCGUGACGAGUCCAAGCAAACGCGGCUGGGUCAUCAGUCCUCUGGGCAGCGACGGCGAGUUCCCCAUCUGGAUGAUGUUCGCCUGCUGUCUGCCCGCUCUGCUCGUCUUCAUCCUCAUCUUCAUGGAGACUCAGAUCACCACCCUGAUAGUGAGUAAGAAGGAGCGGAUGCUGAUGAAGGGUUCUGGUUUCCAUCUGGACCUCCUGCUGAUCGUGGUGCUGGGCGGCAGCUCGGCUCUGUUCGGCCUGCCGUGGAUGGCCGCCGCGACCGUCCGCUCGGUGACCCACGUCAACGCCCUCACUGUCAUGAGCAAGGCCGUCGCUCCCGGCGACAAGCCUCGCAUCCAGGAGGUGAAGGAGCAGAGGGUCACCGGGCUCCUGGUGGCCAUCAUGGUUGGUAUGUCGAUUGUGAUCGGGGACCUGCUGCGUCAGAUCCCGCUGGCGGUGCUGUUCGGGAUCUUCCUCUACAUGGGUGUGAUGUCCCUGAACGGGAUCCAGCUAACGGAGCGGAUGAUGCUGCUGCUCAUGCCACCAAAGUAUCACCCGGACCACACCUACAUACGCAAGGUGCGUACGCUGCGCAUGCAUCUGUUCACCAUCAUCCAGGUGGUGUGUCUGGCUGCUCUGUGGGCCGUCAUGUCCACUCAGGCGUCGCUGGCGUUCCCCUUCGUCCUCAUCCUCACCAUCCCCGUCAAGAUGUUCGUGCUGCGCCACAUCUUCACCCCCAGAGAGAUGGCAUGUCUGGAUGCGGACGACGCAGAGCCGAAGUUCGACGAGCGCGACUGCCACGACGAGUACUCAGAGAUGCACAUGCCUGUGUAACCCGCAACAAACCCUCAUAUCACCACUUAACUCCUCUUAGUGAACACCAAAAUCUGCUGACUCACUCUACCAACCAAUGAGAGUCCUUCAAACUUGAAAACACUCAUGACGCCACAUCACUGUGCAGCCUCCUUAUCAUCACAUGAACGUGCAGUAGGUCAGAGUCGGUUGUCACUCUGCUCAAACUUUAACUAUUUAAGUAGCUUUUUAUCGGAUUAUUUGGGGGAUUUUCCUGCUGGUUAAGAGCACUAAAGAUUUAAAAAUCCAACUGACGAGAUCAAACAGUCGACGUAUGCGCGCGUGUUCACUCAUUAUAUACUUUUUUUAAAUACAUAUUUCAGGGGACAAGAGAUUCCAAAUCAAAUGGUGUGAUCUCAGCUCAAAAGUAAAUUACAGUAGAUAGAUUUGCAACACUGAUUAAUUUUUAGCCCUGAAAGGUUGCUCUGAUUCACAUUGAAUAUGUGGAGGAAACAUGGGAUACAUUCUUUUUAUAUUAACACGCCGAGAUAUCGCUAUUCAAGUACCGCUUUUUUUUUUUUUUUCAUGUUUUAAGCUCACCAAGCGCCUUAUGAAGGAAAAGAAACUGAAAGGUUUCCUCAUUCUGUCUUAUUGUAGACAGCUGAUCACUUUACCCGCCUCCUGCAGCUCGUAGCACUUUUUAAAGAAAGAAAAAAAACACCAAAUCUGAACAAUGACUGUAUUUUAUAUAUAAUUUUAUCUUCUUAGCGUCCUCUUUAAAUCCAUUAAAUAUCAACGUUGCUUUAGUGUGCUUCUUAAAUGACGAUAUGUGAUUGACUUUUUUUUUUUUUUUUUUUUUUAGCCUUUCCUUCUUUAACGAUUAUUUUUGUACUCUAAACGCAGCAGAUUAGAUGACAGUUGGGAUUUAAUUUAAUUCUGCACCUGUAGUGAGUUAAGAUCACCAGCAGAGGGAGAUCUCGCAGAACUGUGAUGAAGAAAUAUAUAUAUAUUACAUGAAAUUUUCUCUUUACUCUAAUGACAUCAUGUUUCUGAUUAUAUGAACAGUAAAUUAACACAGUGGCAUAGUAAUAAUGAUAAUAAUAAUAAUGAAUACACUCUAAAUGUCUCCACGCACAUGUUUAGGGCACUAAUGUAUUAAUGUAGAGUUUGUUUCACUUGGUGUGUUUCUGGGAAUCACUGUAAUUUAUUGGUUUAUUUGUCCGAGUGCCAAAUGUCUCGUGUAAAUAGUUUUGUGAUCAGAACAAUAAGCUGCAGUUCAUCUCACAUCUCCGUACAAGAAGGAGCCUAAAUUAACAAAAUUUCAUAGCAUGACAUUCCUUGUUUUAUCAUGUUUUCGCUUUUUUUUUUUUUUUUUUUUUUGCCAUCAGCUAAUUUAAAACAUUUCAUUCACGCUCUUGUGAACUUGGUCGACCAAAUUUCCACACAAAGCUGUGUAGACAAUCUCAAUAUUCAUGCAUUACUGAGAGGGAAGGCUUUUAAAAAUAUAUAUAUAUGUAUUUUUUUUGUUUUAUGUCAUGUUGUAUCAGUGUGACAUGGAUUGGUUAAAGCUUUGACUGUGUCAAAUAACUUAAAUUUUCAGUCCUCUGUUACUCUCAAGUGUGCAUUACAGACCCUACUUCCCCCCCGUCCCGUCUCAGCCUGACUGUCGUUGGGAUCUUGUGCCUGUUUGGUGUCACAAAAGUGCACAAAAUCUCAAGUGCCUGUGGGACCAUGAAGUGAUCCGCUACAAGUGUCUGGCGUGUUUGUAAACACACGUGUUACAAUACUUUGCACUUUUCGAGACGCUCAUAAAUCAAACUUCUCUCCAUUAUUUAUCUGUUGCAAUACGAGGCAUUAUUGCUGUUUCUUUUGUCACGUCAGAACGUUUUUUUUUUUUUUUAAAGAAAUUUGGCUGCAACAUAGCCACGGGCAAUGAAGGGGAUGUUAAAGAGAAGUAGGCGGUGUCAGUUUUAUGUUUGCUUAUUGUGCCUGUGGAUGGAGUGAAGUUGGUCUGUGUAUGCCAAAGUAUCUGUCAAAGUCGCUAAAUGCUGAUACGACAUGUUGUUCCAUUUCAAAAGCAAUACAAAGUCCGAGACGCUAUUGCUGAUGUUCCCUUGUACAUUAAUGGUUGAAAUAUUGAUGACAAAUAAAAGUUAUUUUCUAUUUA